AUGAGUAUUGAAGAAAUGACUCCAGAAAACUCCUCGGAGUCUGACAACGAGCGUGAAGACUCCGAAGUUGAGAAUAGUGAUACAGAAGCAUAUGUACCAGGUUCUAAGUUCCAUGGCAACCCGGGUCUAGCAGACGUGUUUCGAAAAAUAUUAAAAACAAAUAAGCCUAAAAAGAAGAAAACUCUGGUGUUGUCUCGUGCUAAAAAGCUCAAUGAAAUAAAACCCAAGGCCGAGGCUGGUGCUGAGGACGAUAAGAGCGCAGUCAAGAAGCCUGAAAGUAAGGAGAAGAAGGAAAAAAAAUCUAAAGGUGUCUCCUUGAGAAUAAAACCGUCAGUACUGAGUCGCGGACGCGAGAGAACUUUACAAAAAAUAGCAACAAAAGGUGUAGUUCAAUUAUUUAAUAUUGUGUACAAACAACAAAUGGAAAUAGAUCAAAAGUUAGAAGAAGCUGGUCCUUUGAUGCGUAAACAGGAAAAAGUACUCGAGAGUAUCGACAAAAAUUCAUUUUUAGAUCAUCUUAUGGGUGGAACUAAAAGUGUUAAGGCUUAG